GCGGCGGAGUAAUCCGAGUGUUCCUCGCAUUCUGCGGAGGGAUCCUUUCCGUGCUCUUCUGUCAGCCCGUCCCCAUAGAGACCGCCCGGAGCCGCCGCCGUGCAGAUCGGACGAUCGGUGACCCGGAGGACCGGGGGAGACCAGGGGGUUUCGUCCAGCACCCCAUCCGGACCGAUAAUGGAUGGGCUUUAAGCAGGAGAGGAAGAGAAGAGAGAAUGGCACAAGCAGCACAUAGGAGGCAGAGAAUCGGCAUUCAGUGGCUGUGAUUAGGAUCUGGGGCUUUCUUCUUUUCUCUUUUAUGUUGAUUUCUGUGCAUCUGCUGUGAGAUUGAUCCACCCGACAGGAGAAGGAAGAGAAAGAGAUUUCCAUUUGUGGAGGGGUGUCCUCACUUCCCUCCCAACAACACCACAACAUGAGGGAUUUCUGACCCCCCACCCCCUCCCCUCUUCUACCAGGAUGCUACUGCUGCAGCCUUUACAGGAUCUGGGGCAGGGUCGAAAGCAGGCAAAUGGCAAAUAUUGUCUUCAUUAAAUGGCACACAAAAGUUCCUGUCCAACUGGUUACUAAGAAGAAUUGGAUCUGAGUGCAAGAAUUAACAAAAACUAGCAGGAGCUCCACGGAUUACUGAAAAAGUGUACAGUUCCCUUCCGGAUUAUAUAUUUAUAUAUAUAUAUAGAGCUAUAUAUCCCCACACAUCACAUCAAAUAUUCCCCUUACAUAAGUAGUCGCUGUAUCCUGUUUCCAGUAUCAGUUGUGCUUAGUAAUUGGAUUUGUGGAUUCAAGGUCACUCAUUGGAAUUUUCCCUGUGGAUUUAUAAUUAGCGGAUUUUUACCCAGAGACGAUGGAUGUCAAAAUGAAACAGCAAAGCAGGAGAUCCAGGUCUCAAAGGGACAGGGUGAGGAGAAGAGACCCAUCUGUCAGGGAUCCCCGAAACCAGAGCCCCUCCUCCGGUUCGGAAGCAGAAAGGGGCCUGGGAAAGGAAAAUUCAAAUCAGAAUGGUAAAAAUCCAGCUGCUUCAGCCAGAAAUGCCAGACCGCCUAGACGUAAAAGGCGAGAAUCCAGCUCUCAGGAGGAGGAUAUAAUUGAUGGUUUUGCAAUUGCCAGCUUCAAUACCUUGGAAGCCUUAGAGAAAGAUCUGGCGUUAAAACCACCAGAGCGAAAAGAGAAGUGGGAAAGGCAUCCUAGCAAGAAAUCCAGAGAGUCAGGAAAAUAUAUCUCUGCGGAGCCAAGUGAAAAUGGACACAAUCAUGAUGCAUGCAGCUCAGAAAGAGAGAUGGAGAGAGGAAAGGAGCGUGACAAGAAGAAGUACCCUCUUAAGACAAUAAAUCAGGUAAGGAUUGACAGUAACAGGUCCUUCCACAAUCUAAUUGAUUGCAACAUGCAACAAAGCAGUGGCUCAAGAAGAAGCACAUUAAGGGAUAGCUCAGCUCAGUCACUUUCAGGACACGGCUACUCAUGUGACAGCGAAAGUGAUAUCGACGAUAAGUGCUCCAAUGUUGGCUCUGAGAUUCUCUUUUCUCCAGCUGCCUCUGCAGGUAACCUUCUGAAUGACAAGCCUGAGUCACAGGCCCCCUGCCACCCUAAAGUGUCGGGACUAGAACGCAGCCAGGAGCUGAACACAGAGGUUCUAUAUAUCCCACCGAUACAUAGUCCGCCACCACCUCCUGUUGCUAUUGUCACGUCUGCCUCAUCUACACCGGCAUCAAGUACUCGGGCUAGCCCUCUAGUAAAGAAAGAACCUACCAUUGUUGCCCCAGCUCCACCAAGACUAACACCUCAACCCCAACCACGUCCUCAGUCUCGGCCUUUGUCUCAGCCUCAGUUAUUACCUAUUGAGCUACGGACUCAAAAUCAUAUCCCUUCACAUCUUACCUAUCCUGGGCAUCAACAUCAGCAACAGCUGCCACAAAACGGAAUCACCAGCAUAAGCCGGAGUAGCAGUGCUAGCAGUGCAGCGAGUAUCAGCAUACCCAAGCACCUACCGUCUUCCCCUCAGAUUCCUCCACAUCACCCUGCUGGACCGGGUCUGCCCCUCUCCAUCUCCAACCUUGCUACCUCACACUUUGCUCUCAGAUCUCAAUCGCAGCAUCAUCCGGCCAUGUUUGCCAGCCCUCCCACACUGCCACCUCCACCAUCUUUACCUACUAAUGGCCUUGUAAUCCCUGGGCACCCUGCUGGAGCUGGAUAUUCCGAUCACGAACUUCUCAGACAGGAGCUGAAUAAUCGAUUUUUGGUUCAGACCUCGGACCGGGCUGGUGCCCCUCUCGGCUCUGUGCCGCUGCUGAGGGCGGAGUUUCACCAGCACCAACACACGCACCAACACACCCACCAGCACACUUUUACUCCCUUCACAUCCAACCUACCCCCGACGCAGCUUAUGCCGCCUAAUGCACCUACCAUGGUGCGUACCCCAGCUCGAAAUUUUGACAAGUACGCUCCCAAGUUAGACAGCUCUUAUUUUCGUCAUUCUAGCUUCUUUCCAACAUAUUCUUCUCCAAUGCCUGGAAUGCCCCCAAUGCUUCCUCAUUCAGGUCCAUUUAGUUCUCUUCAGGGAGCUUUUCAGCCGAAGACCUCAAAUGCCAUUGAUGUCACUAGCAGGCCCGGUGCAGUACAUCAUACUCUCCUACAGAAAACACCUGGGGUUACUGAUCCAUACAGGACACCAGUAAGAAAACCAGGCAAGUGGUGUGCAGUACAUGUCCAGAUAGCUUGGCAAAUCUACCACCAUCAGCAGAAGAUGAAGCAAAUGCAGAUGGAUCCUCACAAGCUGGAUAUUUGUGGCAAACUUGACUUAUUCAGCAGGCCGCCUGCACCAGGUGUCUUUCCAGGCCUCCCUUAUCCUCAUGAUUUAGCCAGACCUUUAUUUUCAAGCACAGGUCCAACACAUCCAGGGGCAACACCAUUUGGACCUUCCCCACACCACAGCGGUUUCCUGCCAACGAGCCAUUUGGCUGGUAAGUAUCCAUUUAGCAGGUCAAGCAGCUUCAGCGGCCUGGGGAACUUAGGCAGCAAUGCCUUUGGAGGAUUAGCCAGUCAUGCUCUAACACACAACAGCUUGUUCACUCACAAAGAAAGCCCGACCCUUCAGAACUUUAGCAGCCCCCAUGAGCCCUGGAAUCGGCUCCAUCGGACUCCACCGUCUUUCCCAACUCCUCCUCAGUGGUCCAAGGUCGGAGACUCCGAAAGAAGUUCCUCUGUGACCAACCAUGACAGAGACAAGGAAGACAAGAGGGAGUUGUCUCUGGCAAAAGAUGAAAGAGACAAAGAGAGGGACUUAUUGGAUAAAAGCCGACAUCAUUCUAACAGAUCCUCUCCUGCAUCAGCCCCUGUCAGCCACCAAAUAAGCAACCUCAUUCGCAGCAACAGCCAGACCCCUAGCGACUCUCUGAGACAAGGCAGCUUAGGGGACAGGUCCAAAGAUAUUGAACGGGAAAAUACCGAUCGCUUACGUGACGUUCCAUCCGCAGAGCACAAGAUCAAGGAAAGCCGUUCCCCGGUAAAGGAACCACCACUUCACGAUAAGAGGACGAUAGAGGAUGGCAGUAAGCCAGUCAUCCAGUCUGUAUCACCGUAUGGUAAACCAGUCCUAAGUGAAAGCUUAAAAUUAAGCAACCUGGUAGGAAAAGACAGUGAAAGGAAGCCUGAAUUGCCAACAGAUCUCCAGAAGAUCAAAAGUGAUGUCAAAGUUAAGGAGGAGCGCAAAGAGGAUUCGGAUGUGUUAGUAGUAGGCUCUGAGCCUCCUCAUCCGGUGCGGACAGUGGAACAUCAACCGCUUCCACCCCCAGCAUCCAUGCAUGGAUUAUCUUUGCACCACACAAUGGCAGCCUCCAUGCAGCUCCCAAUGGGUAGUGUCCACCAAAUGAACAACUUGAAUAUGCUGGACCGCAGUAGGGUAAUGACCCCACUUAUGGGAAUGGGCCCUCUUACAGGCAGAGAGAGGCUUCAACAUGCAGGUUUUGCAUGGGACCCAGUGAGAGACCCAUUGCGUGAUGCUUACCGCACACUGGACUUGCAGAGAAGGAUGGAUUUCCACUUGCGUGCUGAAGGUAUGCACAGGUACCCAGCAACAGCUGCUGCCAGCUUCUAUGACCAUGAACGAUCUUACCGUGAUCGCGAGCCACAUGAUUACAGCCAUGAACAGUUCUUGGAGGCACGAAGGGAACAGGAACGAUUGAGACAUGCUGAUGAGCGUGAGAGAGAACGAUUGCAUUUAAGAGAUGAGAUAGAAAGGGCACGAAUGCACCAUCUUCACUCCUCCCCACUAGACAGCCAUUUGGCACACAUGCAGUCCUUCAUGCCACACUUGAGCAGUGUGCCCUAUCCUAGACUCAGCCCUUCAGGCGCCAUGCACAAUGGAAUCCUAAACCGGACCCCACCCACAGCUGCACUAAGCGCCCCCCCUCCUUUAGUGCCAGCCAGCAACACAAGGCCCGCCUCCCCCCGCAGGACUAAUCCCCUCACAAAUUCAGAAGCACGGGACUUCUCACCUUCCAGAAAUCCUAAAGAAGUUGAGGCUCGAUAGUCUCCUUCUAAAAAUAUAAUAAAA